AUGUUCAACUCCAUCUCUACCACCCUCCUAGCUCUCGUCGCCAUCGCUGCGGCACAAUGCACGACUUCUCAACCAACCGGGCUCUGCUGCAGAUCCCUCGCACCCUUCAGCAGCAACUCCUACGUCUGGACCAACAUCUGCGGGAUCACGGGCGUGCCGCCUGAUACACCCACCGCAUCAUUCUGCGACCAGAUCUCCGCGUGUGAAGGCGAAUCCAGCCUCAUACCUGUCUGCUGCGAGUCUACCGCCGAGUGUGGUGGUGGCGUCGAUGGGCCGGUUGGGAUUAAUUGCACUCGCGUAGAACUCUAG